AGUAGGGGUAGUUUAGACUUUCCACGUAAAUGAAUUUCCUUCACAGUAGCUAGCUAGGGUUUUGAUAUAAACAGCUCUCGAUCGUCAUUUAACAAAGCUCCGGCGCCACCCCCACUAUACGCUAGUCUAACUCUCUCUUUGCGAAAUUUCACGGUUUUUAGAAAUGGCGACAGUUCCAGGACAAUUGAUAUGGGAGAUCGUUAAGACCAACAACUGUUUCUUGGUCAAACAGUUCGGAAGAGGCAACGCUAAGGUUCAGUUCAGCAAGGAGACCAACAAUCUCUGCAACCUCAACUCCUACAAGCACUCUGGUCUUGCUAACAAGAAGACAGUGACCAUCCAGGCAGCUGACAAGGAGCAAGGUGUUGUCCUCGCUACCAGCAAGACCAAGAAGCAGAACAAGCCUAAGAUCUCUGUCAACAAGUCUGUCCUCAAGAAGGAAUUCCCAAGGAUGUCCAAGGCUGUUGCUAACCAGGUGGUAGACAACUACUACAGGCCAGACUUGAAGAAGUUCGCUCUUGCUAGACUCAGUGUCAUCAGCAAAAGCCUUAGGGUUGCCAAGUCCGGUGCCAAGCAAAGAAACCGUCAAGCUUAAGCUUUUUUGUUCAGAAUCUUAUGUUUGAAGUAAAAGAUUUUGCUGAAGAUGUUUAUUAAGUUGCUUUGUGUUGAAGUUGAAUCGUAACACCAUGCUCCUUUUCAUUUAAGAGUUUUUUUAUACUUAUGCUAGUUUUUGUUGAAUCUUUUUUAUCAAAUGAAGAACUCGAUUAAACC